AACGAAAACUUUUACUUGUAAUUUUGUAGAAACAUUAAUCAUUUGGAUUGUCUACAAAUCACUGAAAGGUCGAGUAACUAAAGUUGAGUAAAGUGGCGGAGUAACGAACGAUUUGGCUGAGUGACGAAACAUUUUAUAGUUUACGACAGGCGGCGGUAGUGAGUCACAGUGAGUCUUGAGACGACGUCAAGAAAAUAUGGGUCAAGUUUCUUUUCUGGUCCUCGAAUCUCAGAUUUUAUUCCCUUUUAAACGAUUGAAGGCACUUGGAAGCCCUAUUUAGUCGCCCAUGAAUGUCUGCGAUAACACAAAAAUAUCCUAAACAUGACCGGGAGAUGUGGGGAUUUGACCGAAGAGCUUCGCCAUUGACACCAAAGGCCAUCUAAAAAAAAUAUUUUUUUCAAAAAAAUAAGGGUCUUCCACUUUAAUGUCACUUGGAGUUUGGCAAAUUCCGAACAUUCAGACGUAAUGAAGACAUUGAUGGUGUUUGAUUUCGACCACACGGUGGUCGAUGACAACAGUGACACGUGGGUGAUCAGGUGUCUUCCAGGUCAGACGUUGCCGGACACAGUGAAAAAUUCGUACAGAAAAGGUCACUGGACUGAGUUCAUGGGCAGGGUGAUGGAUUAUAUAGGCGAGCAGGAAGUGAGUGUUGAGAGUGUUCGUGCUGAGAUGGAGCGCAUCCCCUUGACGGCGGGAAUGAGCGACCUACUGAACUUCAUAUCACGCAACAAGAGCAAAGUGGACUGUGUGGUCAUCUCUGAUGCCAAUGCACUCUUCAUCGAUUGGAUCCUCUGUGGCGCCGGGUUGCGUUCAGCCGUGGAUCGCGUGUUCACCAACCCGGCCACGGUCAACUCAUUGGGCCGCGUGGAAGUGCGUCGCCACCACACGCACGACUGCUGCAGAUGUCCCAUUAAUAUGUGCAAGCGGAAAGUUCUGGAAGGAUACCUGGCCAAGCAAGACGAGUAUAGCCGCAUUUUCUAUGUGGGCGAUGGCGCCAAUGAUCUCUGCCCGGCCUGUUGUCUGAGAGGGCGCGAUGUAGUCUUGCCUAGGAAGGGAUACGCCCUGGAGAAGCUGCUGGAGGGUGAGAAGGAUGCUGUGAAAGCCAAAGUUGUCAUCUGGAGCAGCGGAACCCAAGUCCUACAUGAGCUACAAGCCAGCCUGAGCUCCUCAAUGGAUGUAAUUCUGGACUCACAGAAGGUUGAGGCUCACACAAGUUUUUAAGGACAAUAGUUUUCCAUAUGCUUAAGUCAGGCGUGGAGCUACACGUUUUUUUUUCACUGUGCCCUUUCUGCCGUCCACUUCUAUCAUUUGCACAUCCUCUUGGUCAUGGAUGCAUUUUGGGUGGAGUAACCCUAAAGCAAAAGCGUCACCUUUCAUAUCCAGCCUUGCACACAUUCUCCCAAAGAGUUAGGUGUGUUACCUCAUGCGCACUCCAAAGUCUGCAGUAAGUCUUGGCGGCUGGGAAGGUGAAACGACAAAUUGCACGUUUUGAUUCCCUCGCUUGCGCCCAGCCUCCGACAGCUGCUGGCGGCAGAAAGCUUGCUGACGGACACCUGACCCAUAUACGCUCACCAACUGCCCAACGGCUGUAAUGUGACAUGACCACCUUGCGCCGAUCGAUGGCGGAAUGUAGAAAUAUCUAUUAAUUUUCACGCACAACCUGCGAGAGGCAUUUUACUUUCAAACCUGCUGCUGACUUGAGUGUACAGUAUAUCUGAAAGUGCUGCUCCAAGUCCUCUUAAUAGCGUGGAUGGUAUGUUGGAUCUGGAUCAUUUUGUUCAUAGUUUCCCUAAAUCAUGAAAUAAAUUUAUAUGACACACCAGCAUGUGUGGCACCGUUGUAGUUGCUGGGCUUUCAAACGAGGAUUCAAUUACAUAUACACCUUUUCCCCCAAAAAUAGAAUAUCAUAAUGUUUAUUUCCAUAAUUCUAUUUGACAAGUUAAACUUUAAUAGAUUAUAGAUUUAGGGCUCAUAAAUUAAACAAUUGGAAAUAUUUUUUUAUACAUUAUUUGAUCUUGCAGUUCAUAAAACCUUCACAUUGCACAACAAGUGUUUCCACUAUGUGUUCAUCUCCGAUGCCAACGCGCUCUUCAUCAACUGAAGUUGUAUAUAGUUUCUAAGUUAUUCGUCUCCUGCCUGAAGAUUGCUCGGAUCGGCUCCAACUAUAUGACGACCUGCAACCAUUGUGAGGAUAAGCUAAAAGGAAGACGCAUGAAUGAAUGAUUAUUCCACACUGUCAUGCUUUGGGUUAUGCGCGCACUGGCAAUUCGUGACAGUCACAAAUUUCCCACAAUUGUCAACCAAUAGGGAGUGAAUCAAAUCACACAUGCACACGACAAGUGUAUGUCAACUUCCCAACACAAGGCAAGAUAAAUAAUAUCAAACAUGCUCAUAAUUUUAAAAACUCACAUCGGUGGCCCAAGACAAUGGAAAACUGUACAGUCAAUAUCAUGGUACUUUGAUAAUUGAAAACUGCAACUUAAACAGGUUGCACCAAUUAAAAACAGCCAGGCUUGAAGUAAUGGCGUCUUCUGGUGGUUGCUGCCAAGUACUAAAAACAGACGGAUGUUUUGUGAGCCAAAGUCAUAUCCUGGAGCAACCUAAGCCAAGUCCUUGCUAAUUUUCCACAAGCAAACUUGA